CCACCUAGUCUUACGUCGCGCUCACCGCUGUGCGGUCCUUUCUGGAAUUCCACAUUCGAUAUUCAAAAAAUUAAAAAGUGUCAAGUGUGAAGUGCUCUUAGUGAAUUUUAAAUUUCGAAUUACGGUUGGUGUUUUAAAAAUGGCGCCAUUAAAAAAAAUCUGAAUAAAUGGCGUUUAUGAGUGGAUUGUGGAAUUCUAUCGUUGGCUGCAACGAGAAAGAGGACAAUUGGGAUCUCCUAAACCGUCUCUACAUAGACAAAACUAAGAAAUAUUUCUCAGUGUCAGAAGUUGAUAAAGAAGACGUGCCUAUAGUAUUUUCGGAGACGCAUAAAAUCGGUUUCAACAAGGCGGCAUUUGGAUACACAUUUACACCGAUUAACUUCGUGACUAUCUACCACAUUGAUACGAGAAAAGCGGAAGUCAAGAUGCCGAGCGGCCACAUUGACCAGCCUGUGAUUGAGGACAACCGAGAUGGUACGGUCAGCAUCAAGUACGACCCUCGCGAGGAAGGUGUCCACGAGCUGUACGUUAAAUAUAAUGGAGAACAUGUCCAGGGAUCCCCCUACAAAUUCCACGUGGACUCCAUUUCCUCGGGGUACGUGACGGCAUAUGGGCCUGGAUUGCUCAGUGGUGUCAGCGGUGAGCCCAGCCAGUUCACCAUCAGCACGAAGGGCGCUGGUGCUGGUGGACUUUCCAUGGCUGUUGAGGGUCCUAGCAAGGCUGAGAUCACAUGCCACGACAACAAAGACGGCACUGUCGCUGUGUCCUACCUCCCCACCGCACCUGGAGAGUACAAGAUCACCGUCAGGUUCGGGGAGAAGCAUAUCAAGGGGUCACCGUUCUUGGCCAAGGUGACCGGCGAGGGUCGCAAGAGGAACCAGAUCUCCGUGGGUAGCUGCAGCGAAGUCACCCUCCCUGGCAAGAUCACCGACAAUGACAUCCGUAGCCUUAACGCUUCCAUCCAGGCUCCAUCAGGCCUUGAAGAGCCAUGCUUCCUGAAGCGUCUUCCAUCAGGCAACAUCGGCAUCAGUUUCACUCCUCGUGAGGCUGGCCAGCACAUUGUCUCCGUGAAGAAGAUGGGCGUGCACAUCCAGAACUCACCUUUCAAUAUUACUGUCCAAGCUCAGGAAGUUGGUGACGCUAAGAAAGUCAAGGUAUCUGGCAGCGCGCUUAAGGAAGGCAAGACCCAAAGUGAGAAUACCUUCAACGUGGACACUAGGAAUGCUGGAUACGGUGGUCUCUCACUCUCCAUCGAAGGUCCCAGCAAGGCGGAGAUCCAGUGCGCGGACAGCAAGGACGGAGUGCUCGGCAUCAGCUACAAGCCCACCGAGCCUGGCUACUACAUCAUCAACUUGAAGUUCGCUGAUCAUCAUGUUGAGGGCUCGCCUUUCACUGUUAAGGUGACUGGCGAAGGCAGCAACAGACAGAGAGAGAAGAUCCAGAGGCAGCGCGACCCCGCGCCUCUCACCGAGGUCGGCACAAACUGCAAACUCACCUUCAAGAUGCCUGGUAUCACAUCCUUCGACCUGGCCGCGACCGUCACCAGCCCCGGUGGAGUCUCCGAGGAUGCCGAGAUCCAGGAGGUGGAAGACGGCCUCUACUCCGUCCACUUCGUGCCCAAGGAGCUGGGCGUCCACACUGUUUCUGUCAAAUAUAGGGAGAUCCAUAUCCCCGGCUCGCCCUUCCAAUUCACCGUCGGCCCACUCAGAGACUCUGGCGCCCAUCUCGUCAAGGCUGGUGGUUGCGGCCUGGAACGAGGCGAGGCCGGCAGGUUCAACGAGUUCAACGUCUGGACCAGAGAGGCUGGCGCGGGACAGCUGGCCAUCUCGCUCGAGGGUCCGAGCAAGGCCGAGAUCGACUUCAAGGAUAGGAGAGAUGGAUCUUGUGACGUGUCGUACAAGGUCGAUGAGCCUGGUGAAUACCGCAUCGGUCUCAAGUUCAACGAGCAGCACAUCCCAGACUCUCCUUUCAAGGUGUACAUCUCUCCAGCGGUGGGUGACGCGUACCUGCUGGAAGUGGCCCAGUUCCCUGACUCAGCGCAGGUGGACAAGCCCACGCAGUUCUACAUCAGGAUGAAUGGGGCGAAGGGCAGCUUGGAUGCUAGGGUGAUUUCCCCAUCAGGCAAGACUGACGACUGCUUCAUCCAAAACAUCGACGGCGACCAAUGGUCCAUCAGGUUCAUGCCGCGCGAGAACGGAGUCCACAACAUAAACGUCAAGUUUAACGGAGUUCAUAUCCCGGCCUCGCCGCUGAGGAUCAAGGUCGGUAAGGAUGACGCGGACCCCGCCGCGGUCCACGCGCACGGUCCCGGCCUGGGAACUGUUAAGACUGGAGUGAAGACUGACCUCAUCAUCGACACAUGCAACGCUGGCGCCGGCAUCCUCGCCGUCACCAUGGACGGACCCUCCAGGGUCUCCAUGGACUGCACUGAAGUCGAAGAGGGCUACAAGGUGCGCUACACGCCUCUGGCCCCUGGUUUCUACUAUAUGAGUGUCAAGUACAAUGGACAUCACAUCGUCGGCUCCCCAUUCAAGAUCGAGGCUCAAGGUGGAAACCUAGCCGAGAUCGGAGCUCAGGAAACAUCUUCCGUCACGGUGGAAACCGUCCAGAAAGUGUCGAAGGCGGCGCAGAAGCAGGGUCCAGUGCUGCCACAAUUCAAGUCUGACGCCUCCAAAGUGACCAGCAAGGGUAUGGGUCUCAAGAAGGCGUACCUCAACAAACACAACCAGUUCACGGUCCAUGCUGGAGAUGCCGGCAACAACAUCCUCUACGUCGGCAUCUAUGGCCCCAAGGGUCCGUGCGACGAAGUCCAACUGAAACACAAGGGGAAGAACAACUACGAAUGCUGGUACGUCGUCAGAGAUAGGGGAGACUAUAUCGUCAUCGUUAAGUGGGGAGACGACCACAUCCCCGGCUCCCCCUACAAGGUCGAGGUCUAAAACACCAGCAGGGCAGCGCGUGGGAUAGGGUCGGAUAAAAAAACUCAAAAUUUUAAUGUAAAUUCCAUUUAAGAUUAAUUUGUGUUGUCAAUUUGUGUUCAAUUUCUAGUCUUAGAUUUAGGUUGGAAUUUGGUAAACAGUGAAGGUCUAGUCAUCCGCAUGCGCUGCCGAAAUUUAUUUCUUUUCAUUUUGUUUUCUCUCAUUUACUGUACAUACACGCUUGUUGUCGGGUAUAAUUGUGGAUUUUUACCUAGACUUACCCAAAAAUAUUUAAAAAAAUCAGGCUAUUGAAUCAAUCAGUCGGUGACCUCACUGAAGUCAUGGCAUGGUUCCUGGGUAAAAACCCGCAAUUAUUUGGGCAUAAAAGAGGUACUUAAGUCUGAUCUCUGUUGACAUCGAAUCCCUCACCUCCCGUGUGUUUCGUUCCUUACUGUAUCGUCAAUCCACAAGCAUUUUCGAUUAACAUAUAUUUUAUGCCAAAAUGUUGUACAAUCGGUAGCAUAAUACAAUGGUUCCUUUUUCGGAUAUUGAUUCGGAUAUAACAACUUGUAGGUUAUUAAAAAUAUUUGGUAGAUGCAUUCUUCACUUACCACGGCAAUGAAACGGACAACUCUGCGGAUAAAAAUAUAUACCUAGGAUAUGAAUGCGGACGAAGUAGUUUGCAAUGUGGGGUGGGUGAUCUCAUUCUGAGUGUUCUUGUUUUGUCUUUUCAAUGUUUAAUUCAUGUACUAUGACUUAGGUGUUUUGUUAAUAGAUUGUUCUAUAAAACUUCGUAAGUAUUUUCUUGAUUAGGGUUCCUAGGUUACCUGGCUUAUUAGCUAAUGAGGUGAAGUACCUUAUACAUCAUAGUGUUUGGGUCAUAGACUGUAUAAUUAUAUAGAAUAGAAGCCAAUUACGCUUGACAGCGGGCUAUUAGUAAAACAUCUAAGACAGCUAAGGAGAAAUAGUCUGCGGAUAUAUCCGCGGUAAGUGAGGAACCGUUAUCCGAUUGUACGAGAUUUUCCUCACGUUUUAUAUGGUUCUCGUUUAGUGUUAAGGGCGACUAAAUGACAAUACAUAUAAAGUAUUAACUCAAAAUAUUCCCUGUAUUUUUAAGUUCAACGAACGACGCAAACUCUUCGCGAAGUUUCCAAGUGAAUGAUAUUUUUUUCAUUUUUGCUACCAUUUUGUUUCGUUCCUCUACGUCUUUUUUUAUAAAAAGUUUUAAUGUUAGAGGAAUGGCAUUCGCUUGGCUUCUUCGUUUGCCUGGCUGUGGUUCAGACUCUGGUCAGUUCGCUGUAGCGUUUGCGCCGUUGUCUAUGAUAAGUUGCUUUCUAAUCAUGUAUGGUUUGUGACUGUUUUACCUACGUAGGUAGAAUGACCCCGUUUAUUGUAAAUACAUAUACGUAAGUGUUUAUUAUUAUAUUUUGCGACUGUUAACUGAAUAAAAAAAGGAAAGUUCUA